AUGUCGUCCAAGAUAGCAGCUGCGCUGCCCUACAUCACCUACCUCUGCGCCGUGGCCUCGGCCCAGCAGAUCGGCACCGCCAUCCCCGAGGUGCACCCUCGCUUCCCAACCUUCCACUGCACCACGGACGGCGGCUGCGUUGAGAAACAGACGUCACUCGUCACGGACGCCCUGGCGCGAUCCUUCCACGCCGUCGACAACAUGGACAUCUCGUGCGGCUCGAAGCCCUUCGACGCCACCAUCUGCCCCGACGAGGCCACCUGCGCGCAGAACUGCGCCCUCGAGGGCAUCGACUACGCUAGCAUCGGUGUCCUGACAAGGGGGACCUCGUUGACCAUGCGUCAGUACCUGUUUAACGGAACGGAGUAUAAUAGGGUUAGCCCGCGCGUGUACUUGCUCGCCGAGGACGAGGAGACGUAUGAGAUGAUGAAGUUGCUGAAUCAGGAGAUUAGCUACGAUGUUGAUGUGUCGCAGCUGGCGUGCGGGAUGAAUGGGGCUCUGUAUCUUUCGGAGAUGGAUGCUACAGGUUCCAAGAGCGCGACGAAUGUUGCUGGGGCUGCGUAUGGCACUGGCUACUGCGAUGCGCAGUGCUUUGACGUUCCGUGGAUCAACGGCUUGCCCAACAUGAACAACUCGGGCGCAUGCUGCAACGAAAUGGACAUCUGGGAAGCCAACUCCCGCGCCACGGUCUACACCCCCCACACAUGCAGCGGCGUCGGCUCCUUCCUCUGCUCCGGCGAUGAAUGCGAGUUCGAAGGCGUCUGCGACAAGAACGGCUGCGGCAUCAACCCUUACCGCAGCGGAUUCCAAAACUACUACGCGCCCGGCAGCGACCAAGUCGACACGUCCCGCGCCUUCACCGUCGUCACGCAAUUCAUCAGCGAUGACGGCACCGCGACGGGCACCCUCAGCGAGAUCCGCCGGCUGUACGUCCAGGACGGGAAAGUCAUCGAGAAUCACCCCGUCUCGUCCGACGAAGACACCCCUGGUUUCCUGACGGAGGAGUUCUGUACGGAUAACAAUGCCGAGGGUUUCCUUAGGCUUGGGGGCAUGAAGACCAUGGGCGAGUCGCUGCAGCGCGGCAUGGUGCUCAUCUUCAGCAUUUGGAACUCUGACGGGGACUUCAUGGACUGGCUUGACAGUGGUGAGGCGGGCCCCUGUGCCGAGGGCGAGGGCGAUCCCAAGAAGAUUCUCAUGGAGAGGCCGGAUGUUUCCGUCACCUUCUCCAACGUCAGGUGGGGCGAUAUCGGGGCGACAUUUGAUGCGGUCGCCGACGUGCCCGGUCUCGUGGCCGCAGCCCCCGCUAUGGCCCAGCCUGCUGCCGCUGGUGCAGCCGGGCCCCCUGGGGUUGUAACGGCGGCUGCUUCUGGUCGUUAUGCACCGUCUUUGGCGGUCGGCGUCCUUGCGUUGGCUUUCGCCGUUCUCAUUUGA